CUUGAAGCUCGCUAUGUGCGGUUCAAUAUAGAUGCAUUGGCUGCAAUCGCUGCAAGAUGCUUAGGCCAUGACCCUGCAUCAUGUGUCAAAAUUGAGAAGAUGCCUGAAGGAAACUUCAAUAAGAGUCUUCUACUUACUAUGGCCAAUGGCUCUCAAGUCAUCGCCAGGGUUCCCAAUCCCAAUUCCGGUAUUCCACACUUCACAACUGCCAGCGAGGUCGCUACAAUGGACUUCGCUAGGACUGAGCUUGGUCUACCAGUUCCCAGGGUGCUUGCGUGGAAUUCAGAUGCAUCAUCGGAGAACCCGGUUGGAGCAGAGUAUAUUGUCAUGGAGAAAGCAGCAGGUUCUUCCCUUGCGCAGAUCUGGCCACGUUUGAGCAAUGAAGAAAAGAGGGAAAUUGUUCAGGCUAUGGUUAGCUUUGAUGUUAAAAUGCUAAAUCAUCCCCUUAGUGCCAUUGGCUCUUUGUAUUAUCCAAGGGAUAUCCCAAGCGGGACCAACCAACUACCAGCUCUAGGAUUGAAUGAUGCUUGUGGUCGUUGGGUCCUUGGACCUACCACUGACAGACGUUUCUUUGACGAUGGAAGAGGAGAGCUAUCUCUGGACCGGGGCCCUUCUGCAAUCUGUGAGCGUGAAAUGAAGGCCAUUCAAAAUCUGAACCGCCCUCUUCGAUCGGAAGGAAUUGUUGGUCCUGGAGGUUAUCAACCUAGUCGAGCUCUUAAGCUCUCAGUGUGCCGCGACUUUCUAAAGGUGGUAAAUCAUAUCCUCCCACCUGGAGCCUGUGAGACACCUGUUCUAUGGCACAAGGACCUACAUCUAGACAAUAUUUUUGUCAAUCCUGAGAAACCUACAGAGAUUGUUGGGCUCAUUGACUGGCAGAAUGUCCAUGUUUCGCCUCUAUUCGACCAGGUCACGCACCCUGCAUUCUUGGACUACAAGGGACCAAAACUCGAAGGUCUCAAGACACCAUGUCUCCCAGAGAACUUUGAAGAGCUCGACGAGAUUUCAAAGAAACAUGCAAAGGAAUUACUUGUUGCACAGACCCUGUACAAGUACUAUGAUCUUUACUCAGCUUCUAUGAACGUACCGGUUUACCACGCACUGAGAUAUCAGGAAACACUGCAGGGAGAGAUCAUUCCUCUCAUUGGCAUGAUCUUAAAUGAUGGAGAACCAGCCCUGCAAGGACUCCUCAUGAACCUCGCCAGAAAAUGGGAUCAACUCAUCCGCAGCAAGGGAGGCCCUCCAUGUCCUCUACAGUACUCAGCUGAAGCCAUUGAUCGACAGCAGGAAUUGGAGGCGAAGUGGGCAGAAGGCAUAGCGCUGAUGGACGAUGUGCUAGAGUCACUGGGGGGAGCUAUUCGUGGAUGGGAUGGCUGGGUGAGCCAUGAAGAUUAUGAGGCACUCCAGCAAAAACUUGAACUUGUUCGAAAGCAGUUCAUUGAACACCUUGCUGGGGACGAUAAAGAAGCUGCUAAGGCUUGGGCACGGGCUUGGCCAUUCCAAUGA